UUACAAAUGAGAGAGUGAUGGGGGGAGUAGUAGGAGCACAAUAGUGGUACUCCCUCUUUAACUGCAUCGUUCACCAAACUCCCCUCGGAGCCCUUAGAUCUCAUUUACUCUCUUCGUUUCUGCCCAACCCAUUAAGUUCUUUGUCCCAACCUCCUCCUGCACAUUGCCACUCCCCCUCCCAUUAUUGCUCUUCUUCCGGUGGGAGCUGCAAGCCUUCUAUUUAUUUCAUCUGUGGUGCCACACCUUUCCUGCACAUCAGCAUUAAUCACAGUGCCUCCAACCAUGGAUCUCUUUCUACCCUGCCUUCUUUUUGUUAUGCUGCAUUGGAGCAAUGCUCAACCUUCCCCUGGUUACUACCCGAGCUACAGGUUCAGGCCUCUGAGAGGCUUCGACCGUGGCUUUAACAACCUCUGGGGUCCUGAGCACCAAUCAGUCUCAGGAGACCAGUCGUCGGUGACAAUUUGGCUCGACAGGAACUCGGGAAGUGGAUUCAAAUCGAUUCGCCCAUUUCGAAAUGGGUAUUUUGGCGCAUCAAUCAAGCUCCAACCUGGCUACACGGCAGGAGUGAUCACUGCUUUUUAUCUAUCGAACAACCAAGCGCAUCCUGGGUUCCAUGAUGAGGUGGAUAUCGAGUUCCUCGGAACCACGCCUGGGAAGCCAUACACACUGCAAACAAACGUGUACGUGAGAGGAAGCGGCGAUGGAAACAUCAUCGGCAGGGAGAUGAAGUUCCACCUAUGGUUUGAUCCAACUGCUGGAUUCCAUAACUACGGCAUACUUUGGAAUCCAAAUGAGAUCAUAUUCUUCGUGGACGACGUACCGAUACGGCAAUACCCGAGGAAGAGCGCCGGCACGUUCCCGCAGCGGCCGAUGUGGCUCUACGGCUCCAUAUGGGACGCGUCGUCGUGGGCGACCGAGGACGGCAAGUACCGGGCGGACUACCGGUACCAGCCGUUCGUGGCGCGGUUCACCCGGUUCAUCGUCCGCGGAUGCGCGCCGUCGGCGCCGCCGCGCUGCCGCCCCGCGCCCUCCUCCAGCUACGGCGCCGGGCUCAGCCGCCGGCAGUUCGCCGCCAUGGGAUGGGCGCAGAGGCACUUCAUGGUCUACAACUACUGCAGGGAUCCCAAGCGGGACCAUUCGCUGACGCCCGAGUGCCGCAGCUGAAUGGGGUGGGGGGGGACUCUGUUCCCCAGGGGAAAGGGUCUGUUUGUGUUACGUAGUCGUUCUCGAUGACACUUGUGGAAGAGGGGGAAAUGUGUGUGGUCUUUACGAGGUUGGAGGUGGUUCCGAAAACGAUGGUGUUUGCAUCAUUCCAGUUUGUACGAGGACAAAUAAAGGGAAUCAGAUGGAGUAAGCUGCCGACA